GCUGACUGUAAAGUGCACAGCUGCUCCGGCCAACUGCGCUGCUCUGUAGACAGUGAUAAGUCGGAUGAUCAGCUGUUGAAUUGUAGUACAAACAUCAACAUGCAGGAGUCCGGGCACAUCAAGCGUGACCGCCUUCUGUCCUGACAGCGCUGCGGCGCGGUUUGCACCGUGACGGAGACGGCACCGACGGCGAGUCGCAUCCGUCCCGCAGGCUGGCUGGGUCGGUCUGUCUCCGGACCGUAAAUCGAUCUUGCUCGCGCCUUUAUGUGAUAUCCCUCUCUUGAUUGGCGUGCGAGACGAAAGGAUACAGACACCCUUCCCCUCUGUGAAUUUGUGAGAUAACCUUUGCGGUUCACCUUGGAAAUCAUUUCAAAAUACGCCUAAAAGCUUUGCUGUUUCACCUGAGUACCAAGGCCUCACUGACUGAGAUUGUGGUUCUGUGACCUAAGUGAAGGCAUACAAGUUCAAGACAGGGUUGAUGGAACACAUGCAGCAGAAACAAAUCAGCACUGACCCUUGUGGGCCCAAAGUGCAGCCGAACCCCUGUGCAUUGAUCGGGGCUGGUCCAGGUUUACCUCCGCAGCUUGCAAUCCAGGAGCCCUCUCUCAUAAGCCCGUCAGACGAGCUCAAGAGACAGUCAGGUUUGAGUCCCAUGCAGGCAGCACUUGCACCUAUGAAAGAGACAGACCAAAUGCAGUCAGGGUCCACUCCAGAAACUGUGGCAAGCAUAAGUCGGCCGAGACCGACUGCUCUUGGAACUAAACCGACUCCAAACACGACCAGAGUCUCAGUGGACCCCUUCAAGGAAAUAGAUUUGAUCCCAGUUUGUAUCCCGGGACCACAGAGUCCAAAUGUCCUGCUGCAUUCCCCGACAGAGUCCUCCUUCUCCCUUCACAGUCAGAGUCCCCACAGCCCUCAGUCUUACGCCAGCCAGCCUUACCUGAACCCCAACCCCAGCCUGCCUCCCAGCCUCAGCCCUAAACCCAGCCUCAGUCCUCAGCCACAGAGGACCCCCUCACCUGGGAGCUCAACACAGAGCCAAGUGCAGUCCGAGAAGCCAGGUGGAGAAAACAAUGACUUCAGGGUCUACAUAGUCACAUGGAACGUGGGAUCAGCUGUCCCGCCAGAUGACAUCACUUCUCUGUUCGGACCAAAUGUUUCAGAUGGGAGCGUCGACAUGUUUAUCAUCGGACUCCAGGAAGUCAAUUCCAUGAUAAACAAGCGGCUGAAGGAUGUUCUUUUUUCAGACCAGUGGAGUGAGCAUUGCAUGGACACGCUCUGUCCUUUUGGAUAUGUUUUGGUGGCGUCCCAGCGUAUGCAGGGAGUGCUGCUGCUGGUUUUCUCUAAAUUCUGCCAUCUCCCAUUCCUCAGAGGCGUGCAGACAGAGAGCACACGCACAGGACUUGGAGGAUACUGGGGGAAUAAAGGGGGCGUCAGCGCGAGGAUGACAAUUUUUGGCCACCCGGUGUGCUUUCUCAACUGUCACCUGCCAGCUCACAUGAGGAACCUGGAGCAGCGGAUGGAGGACUUUGAAAGCAUCCUGCAGCAGCAGCAGUUUGAAGGAGGGACUGCCACCGGUGUACUGGACCAUGAUGUCGUGUUUUGGUUUGGGGAUUUAAAUUUCCGUAUCGAAGACUAUGACAUCCAUGUGGUGAAAUGUGCCAUCGACAGCAAUAAGCUGCCUCUUCUGUUGGAGCGGGAUCAGCUGAACAUGGCAAAAAACACAGAAUCCAUCCUGGAAGGCUUCAUGGAAGGACCACUCAAAUUCCCGCCUACCUAUAAGUUUGAUGUGGGCACUCAUAAAUAUGACACCAGCGCUAAGAAGAGGAAACCUGCCUGGACAGAUCGUAUCCUCUGGCGCCUUCGUCGUACCGGUUCCCCAGUUCCUACCCACAAUGCAGCACUGCAGCGGGGUCUGACCUCAUGGUUGGGUGGGGCGACCAAAGUGACACAGCAUGUGUACCGAAGUCACAUGGGCUUCACCAUCAGUGACCACAAACCUGUUUCUGCCUUGUUUUCACUGCAUUUCCCAUUCAAGGUGGAUAUGCCCCUGGUGGAGCUGCAGGUGAACAAGGAGUGGUGUAAAGUCUCUGAUGCUACAGUCCGAUUCACUGUUGCGUCAACUUAUCAGCGCAGCUCAUGGGACUGGGUAGCAAUAUACAAGGUUGGGUUUAGACAUCACAAAGACUAUCAGGUGUACAUAUGGGCCAAGGGAGAGCAUGCAACACAGGUGACGUUUGCAGAGGAGGAUCUGCCAAGAGAUGAUUGUGACUACAUACUGGGUUACUACAGUAAUAAUAUGAACAGUAUUGUUGGACUGUCAACCCCAGUUCAGAUCAAGAUUCCAGUCCACAGCCCAACAGUGCAGCGCUCCGACAGCUCAGACAUCAGCUCAGAAGACGACAGCACUUUGGUUCUGCUGGCUCCAAACUCCCGCAGCCCGAGCCCUAAAACCGGCAAACACCAUCAUCACCACCGUCGUAGCCGCAGCCCUGCUGUUCCUGCUCUUUCCUCCAACCCUCUCCCCUCCCUGCAGGGCCUCAGCCUAGGUCCUCGCUCCAAAGAAGGCCAGACUCGCAGCCGCUCACCCUGCUGUGCUGCAAAGAAGGAGCGCCUGGUCUCCCCCAACACUGUGCGGUCCCCCACCAUCAGCCCGCUCAGUCCCCGCAGCCCUGUGUCUCCUGGUGGUGGGGUGACAGCACCGGAGGCCCUGAUCGCUGCCAUCUUAGGUGAACACAGACCACCUCAGGUCAGCCCCACGGGCUCAAACAAAUAGGAAAGACAGGGGAAAAAGACACUGCAUAGAAUAUAAACAUCAACAGUUAAAAGGAGAAGGACGGCAAUAUCCAUGUAUUCAGUCUGAUCUGAUCCUACAAAGUCACUGUGCUCGCAGAGGCAGCACAUUUAAUGACUCCUAAUGUAGUUUGCAAACAUUCCACAUUGUAGCCCUGCAGCUCUCUGUUUCUGAGUCUACCAUCAUCUCAUACACUAUGUGUAUCUUGGAGUCAUAGAUAGUGUGUCCAGACUCCCAGACUCCUGACGGCAAGUGCUUUUAUAGACUCAUAAGCUAAUAUCAUACGUAAAAACAAACAUAUUGAAUGUGAAACCAAAGUCAGAGUAAACCUGUGAUGGAUGUGACCAGUUAUUAUUGACAGCAAUAUGGAUCCAUGUAAGCAGUCUCGUAUCAAAAUAAGAACCCUGGACCAGAAGUAUUGAUGGUAUCAUUGUUCACAAGACAGAGAGUGUGUUUGUGUGUAUGUGUGUGUGGUAUUGUGUAGGCCUAUGUGUUAAAACAUAAAUAAAAUGUGUGAAACGUGUAUUUUCGACCACACAAUGGUUUACAAUUACAGCUCUAUAGUUCUUGGUCUGUAUUCAUAAAAUUUUAGCAAAUGUAUCCAAAAAACAAGAGCAUUUAAACCACCUCAGUCAGUCUGAGAUUUACAUGUGACCAUGUAACUUGAACAGUAAUCUUGGAUCAAUGAUCUUAUUCUUAGCAGCUUUGUGAAUACAGGCCUUAAUCUAUAGAGUUGAGGGUAUGUUUGGCUAAUGUGUAUGUUUUGCUUCAAGGAAAACAGUUUUGUGUAACUGUGUGAGUGUGCAAA